AUGUCCAGCGAUGGGAAAUUGCUAAAUGUUACCUUGCUCCUAGUGGGUCUUGACAAAGCGGGUAAAACAACAAUUGCAAAAAGAUUAUCUGGAGAACCCAUUGAUUCUGUCGUACCUACAAUCGGAUUUUCAGUAAUAACACUCCGACAAAAAGGAUGUAAAGUAUCCCUAUACGAUUUAGGCGGUGGACGACAAAUUCGUGAUAUAUGGCAUAGAUAUUAUGCUGAUGCUCACGGAGUGAUUUUUGUCGUAGACUCCAUAGCUGUCGAUAGAAUGGAAGAAUGUCGUCAAGUCCUCGAAAAUUUAAUUAAAAACGAUGAAAUAUCAGGGAAACCCAUUUUGUUAUUAGCAAACAAACAAGAUGUCGAUGGAGCUUUAGAUGAAAUUGAUAUUGUCGAUAAUUUAAAUUUAGAAAAAAUUGUUAACGAAAAUAAAUGUCCGACAUUGGUAGAACUUUGUUCGGCAUUACAUUUUACAAAAAAAAUCGAUAUUGGAAUCGAUAACGGUUACAAAUGGCUUAUCCGCGGUAUAAUAAAAGAUUAUCCGAGUCUUAAUAAUAGAGUAUUAAAAGAUUUGGCUAAACAAGAAGAAGAAAAUAAAAAAGAAAAAAAUGAAAACGUUAAUGGAAUACAAAAACAUAAAAUAUACGUUGAUAAUGAUGAUGAAAAAAUCCCCGGUUUGAUAGAAGAUGGACAAAAAAUGGAAAAAUUAAAAGAAAAUAAAAUAAAAAUAAAAAAAUUUUUAAGAGAUGAAAAUUUUAUCGAGAAAGAAGAAGAUGGAGGACGAGAGACACCUAAAAGUUCUGGUGCCCGACUGUAUGGAAUCAGGCCAGGUAAUGGAAAUGACGAUGAUAAUGAUGAUGAAACAUUUGUUCCAUUAUCGAAAUCGUUGUUUGAAAAGAAAAAGUCUGGAGGACAGAAGAGGAAAACGUUAUUAAAGGGUAAUAAAACGGGACCGGGAAAAUUUACGGAUUUGAUUGGAUGCGAUGAAAAACCAAAAUUGAUAAAUAGUUUUAGUCAAACAUCGGAUAUUAUCAUCCCAUAUUAUUCAUCAUCACAAAUGGGUGAAAAUUUUUAUGUAAAUGGCGGGAAAAAAACGAAAACUUUUCUGGAUAAUUCAGAUCCGUUUGUUGUGAGUUAUCACAAUCAAGGAGGAGGAGGAGGAGGGGGAGGGGGAGGGAAGAGAACGAAUAGGAGAAAAAGCGAACAGGAUUUAAACGUUUAUAAAACUCCUACGAAAAAAUCCGAAAGAAUUAACAUCAAUACCGGGAAAAUUUCGGAAAAUAAUAAAUAUAAAUUCGAUCAUAAUUCGAAAUUUGAUAAUGAUUUUCCAAAACGCCACCGGAAAAUUUAA